AUCUGAGGGGUAGAAGAGGGUGGGACCCUGCCUCAGAAUUAGUACCUGAAGUCCUGCCCACUACCAGACAAUCUUUCCACAACACGCUGUCCAUCCCACUAACGAGUAUGGACACCUGUGGGAUGCUCUUACCUCCUCCCUCAGCCCUCUUUAUGCCCUCACAUUCCACUUCACACUGGCCCCUUCACACUCCCCCUGUGGUCCUUGUCUUCCUGCCUGUCACACAGCAUCACAGAGCUUCCGCUCAGGUGCUGACAGACGCCCUCUCCCAAACAGCUCAAACGGGUCAUAUCCCAGUUUGAAGGAUUUUGUCUUCAGGACGUUUUUCUUUUCUUGUUUUUUUUUUUGUACUGGGGAUCGAACUCAGGACCUUGCUCUUGAGAGGCAGGUGCAGAGCCACUGUACUAAAUCCCCCACCCCAAAUUCUAGGCUUUGCAUCCAUUUGAAAAGUGACUACCCUAUGCCUAAGCUAUUUUUACAGGCACAAGGAACUGCAGUGAACCAAAUACACAAAAAACCUGCCUGCUUGGAGCCCACCGACAGCGCUUCACAAGGGGACUCCAGCCUCCUUUUACAGCCCACCUUGGACGAAUCCUACCAGCCUCACCAAGAUGAGACGACAGACCCCUCCUCCCUGACACCCCUUUGUGGCCUGAGCCCUAGGGUGUCCCGAAAGUGGAGGUUAGUUGCUUCUGGCUGCAGGCCCGCAGCCCCUCCCUGCUCCCAGGAUUGUGAGCUAAGAGCUGGGUGUGGAGCCUGGCUCCGCCCUGGAGCGACAGCCAGCAUCUGGGCUGGUUCCCACCACCACACAGGCAGGGAAGGAGUGUGGCCCCGUCCCCUCCCAGGAAUGUCUCAUCCCCAGGCUUCAUGCUGGACACAGGGGACCCCGGUCUGCGCUCUUGCAUCCACCGUAGCAAAGGAGGAAGACAAGGUAGGCAGCGCCAGUACAAAGUCCCAGAUGUUACACGGCCAGUGCAGCAGUUUCUCCCUGCACCAUAACCAGAGCCACCUCAAGAUAAAUGAAUUUUCCUGGAAGAAAGUUGCCAAUGCCUUGUCCCUGGCUAACAUGGUCCUGGGGCUCUUCUCCAUCUUCUGCAGCUUUAACAGGAAAUCUCACUGUGCCUCCUGGAUGCUUCUGAUGAGCUUCCUGCUGGACAUAGUGGUAGGGGCGAUGACCAGACACCUUAACAUCUGCUGCAAAACAGGAGCCGAGCUGAAUGACUUUGCCAUCUUCACCACCUUCGGCCUGGCUUCGGGCCUGCUCCUUGGUGUGGAUGGGCCUCUGAAUGGGUUUGUGGCCAUCGUCUAUGUGUUAACCACUUCUUUCCGUCUGGGUUUUUAUUCAUCUGGUGAGUGCAACACAGGAGUUCCCUUCUCUUACAAGGGCCUACCCUGCCCCUAUGCUUCCUGUGUUUUGGCUUCUAUCUCCCUUCUGACCAAAGGCAACACAUUCAUUCUCUGCUGCAUGGCCUCACUCAUGAUUCUGUUCAUGACAGACCAGAGCUACUACCCACGAGAUGAUGUCCUGGAGUCUGAGAACUGGAAAAAAGUGGUUUAUGUGGGAGGUGUCAUCAUGCUGUUUUUCUCCCCAUUUUCCCUCACUGCUUUUUAUUGCCUGAUGUGGUCGCUCUCCUACAUCUUCUUUCUGGAUGCACUGUGGGGCAGGGCAGCCAGCCUGAGGCUCUAGCAUGGAGGAAACCACAGCUCUACCAACUCCCGCUGGCCUCCGUGGGCUCUGUGCCAACAUGUGGGGCCCAGCCUUGCUUCACAUCACUAAAGCUGUCCUUGUGCCUGAGUUGUCAGAUGCCAGAUACAUGCGAUCUGUGUUGUCUUGAGCCACAGCGAGCCACAGUCAGGCCAGCAGCCUUUGCUUCUUUCUCUUUAUUCAGGGUUCAUACUCCUUUGAGGCGAUACUUGUACAUGUCAUUCAGUACAGAAUUUUUUUCCAAGAUGUUUUGGCUCUGUUUAGCUUCUGGCUCUGUCACUAUGCAUUAGAGUUCAGCCCUGGGAAAGAAGUGAUGUUCUCCAGAGUUGGUGUAGCCACCACCUUGGCCUGGCUGGAUGGCAGUUAUCCCAGUGGCAGGGUGGCCUCAACUACAGGCUCUGGCUCAGAGAGCAGAGCUCAACAUAGGACAUUCACACUGCUUACCCUGCAUGUGUCUAAGGCUUCGUAACUUAAAACUUCUGUAUUUAAUAGUUCAAACCUUCAGCUUUUUGCUUCCUUUAGAGAUAACAUGCAUGGUAGCACAAGAGCACCAUCUGGUUUAAUCUCAAACACUAAACUCUGGUCAAAUGCCACUUCAUCUCUUCAAAUCCAAAUCAAAUAGAAAAGAACAGUAUCAUUAGGUAAAGCUGAGUCUUCCAGAGGACUGGGUCCAUUGAAAACAGUGAGUCCCCAGCGUCACCAGUGAACUGGCCCCCUCCAGAUGGGUUGCCAGAGGAGUGCUAACCUGUUCCUUCCCACAGGUGGCACCAGAGCACCUUUAACCACACAUCCAGCUGUCUAAAGUUUUGACUCUCAGGUUUUCACAACCAUGUGGUAAAAUAUACGUCAAAUCUACAACUAGAUUUAUAAAAAUACCAAUCCAGGCUGGGCGUGGUGGCGUACUCCUGUAAUCCCAGCACUCGGGAGGCUGAGGCAGGAGGAUCACUGGCUGUGGAUCAAAUUCAGAGCCUCAUGGACACCAGACAUGUGCUCUACCUCUGAGCUACAGCCCCAGCCCUCUG